AUGGCCUGCCUGCUCAAGCCGCUCUUCCAGCCACACGUCUAUCGCCCUAGCGAGACGGACAGCCAGCUCAGUCUCUCGCCCAUUGUCCAAUCCACACCAUCAAUCUUCCGAGACCCAAACCUCGACUUCAUCAAAGAGUCUAGUCGCGAGGCAAUGAUGACGCUUGUCAGCACGACCAACCAGCCAAACUGGCCUGUUGUGGAUGUGACUCUCUUCCCGUCCACGCAAACACUAUCUGUCUGCGUCAACCUUUACUUUCGCCACUUUCACGACACCUUGCCUAUUAUUCGGCGGUCAAAGAUGCGCACGAGCGACGCGCCGCCAAUCCUCCUUCUCGCCAUGGCGUCAAUCGGCGCCAUGUACUCGCGCGAUAAGUUGAGCGGUUUGGCAAUCGCACUCAACGAGCUGACGCGGAGGGCAAUUAGUUACAUGAGAGAGAGCGACCAACGUGCCAUGUUUGACACGACAUUCGUGCAGGCGUCGCUGCUUCAGUCGACCUUUGGACUCUUUUGCGGAUCGAGGAUGCUGUACCAACAUGCAGAGAUAAGCAGGGGCAGCCUGGUGACGGCGGCGAGACGAAUGCAUCUUCUCCGUCCAAGCCUCUCAUUUGUGAAAGAGCUACAAAAGCGAAACGAAAGCCCCAGCGAUGAGGAACUCCGCAGAGCACAAGCCGACGAUGACGAGCGGAGGAACUUGGGGUGGGGGAUUUAUCUUUAUGACAUGCAAAUUUCUGCUUUGCUCAAUAUUGCGCCGCUUCUAUCUGUUGGUGAGAUCAAUGUUCCUCUGCCAGGGGACGAUGAAGCCUACAACACAACACCACCAUACACAGGCCAUCCGUCGGACCAAGAUUCCUCCAAUUUCAGAGUUGUUCUGGAUUCCCUGCUCUCGCACGGGACUUUGCCUCAGCCACUGAGUUCCUUUGGGCUAUCCGUGAUAGCCCACACGCUGUAUAGACUAUGCACUGAUGCAGCUGCAUUCGAUCCGAUAUUCUCACAGCCUAGCCUUUGCCGCGACAAUCUUUAUCGCCUUGCCUUCCCACCGACAUUCAAUUACAAUCCGCAAGAGCUGCUUGACCAGUUAUCGGCGUCGUCCCACUCACUUCCAAACAAGCCGAAUUCGCUGAUUGUCAGUGUCUCAGCCCUUUCGCAUCUUGGGCACAUGCAAUUCACCUGGCCAGGCUUUCUCAACAACGUCAAAAUCGCGGCCGGCAAGUCUGGUACAGAGGAGAGCAAGCAAGAUGCCCGUAGUUGGGUGCGAGCUCGUAUUGAUGAGGAUCCAAUCGGUACGAGGUCAAUACUUGCGCAGGCCGGCCAAUUGAGCACCCUGCUGUCAAGAUUCACCUUUGAUUCACCGGCCGAGACUGUGUUGACUCUUGACCUGGCUCUCACCUUUUGGGCCAUUCUCAAGUUCUCCACGUCCAUCGGAGAAUCGUCCCCGAGCCAGAGGCGGACAAUAAUCACCUGGUCCGACCACGCUGGGGCGAGUGAAUGGAUAAGAAAUGGUGGUCCGGUGUCGUUUCAGGGACUUGGAGACUUGAACGACCUCAGUAGCACCAAGGUUCUGUCAAUAUUUAGCGAGAGGCUGGAGAGCAUGCCGUGGGGCCUUGCGCAGCGUUUCAAGCACGUGCUCAUGAGUUUAGAGACCGAAUAG